AUGGGGAUCUGUGCCUUGUUUGUUACAGCUGGAUCUGUGAUGACGGAAGAGGUUAAGGACACACGUGAAGGCGAAGACGUGUCCUUGGAGUGUAGGUUCGCGCCUCACUUGGUGAGCGGUGGACAAGAGAACACGACGUUCUAUUGGUCGCGAACCAACAAACAGAACAAAGACAGUGUCGCCAUCCACCAGACGCCGCUGGAUCCCAACUACAAAGUGGACUUCAGGCCAGACCAGGGCCGGUACGACCUCAGGAUCACGAACGCCAGCUAUGACAGGGACAACGGGAAAUUCGAGUGUCGCGUCAAGGCCUCUGGUAGUGGUCGUAACAUACAUUUCCAGGCCUUCGCCCUGACAGUGCUCACACCUCCAAGUCCUCCACACAUUUCACCGGGAGUCAACCCCACGCUCACGGAAGGGAAGACCGUGGAACUCACAUGUUCGAGCACCGGAGGAAGCCCCGAUCCUGUUAUAAA